AUGACCAGUUUACAAUGCCCCCCUCCGGAUCGAACUCGGCGGAGUCUGUCCCCAACCGGCCCCAAAUUCCGGGAGAGCUGCAAGAGCUGCGCAGCAUCCAAGAUCAGAUGCACCAAGAAGAAGCCGCAAUGUGCGCGGUGUGUGAAACGCAACAUGGUCUGCGAGUAUCUGGAAAGCAAACGC